AUGCCGCUUCGUUGGACGGAAAACGGUGCCGUCAUCGGCCGAGAAAACAAAGAAACUUGUGUAGAAGAGUACUUGGGAAUUCCCUUCGCUCGGAUAAAGCGAUUCCACCGGCCAGAAGCAUACGAUGAAUGGGAAGAACCGUUGGUUUGUUACUAUGCUAGCUACAGUUAUCCCCAAGAUACAACGUUUGUGACUUUUGAUUUGAUUCCGAAGAUUCAGAACUUUGAAGAUCUCAAGUUUUCCGAUGAAAACAAGCUGUUGCUCGAUAUUUACGUUCCUCCAGUCAAGACAGAAGAUGAACAGCUCCCUGUUAUGGUUUAUAUCCAUGGGGGAUCGCUACUUAAUGGAGGCCCAGCUGAGUAUCCAGGAAAUACAAAUCUGCCUAAAAUGGGAAACGUGGUUUUGGUUGUCAUUCAGUACCGUUUAGGUGUGAUGGGCUUCUUCAGCUUCAAAGAUGGCGAAAAAAUCAUGGGCAAUUUUGGAUUAUACGAUCAGGUCUUUGCGCUUGAAUGGGUCCAAAGGAACAUUCACAAUUUUAAUGGCGAUCCGAAUAGAGUCACGAUUUUCGGAGAGUCCGCGGGGGCUUUUUCCUGUGAUGCUUUGAUUCGAUCACCUUUUCAGAAAAAAGGCUUAUUCCACCGAGCAAUCGUUCAAAGUGGAAGUCUUCUCUCUACGUGGUGUCCUCAAACUCCGUCUAAUCGAAAACUAGCUGUCGACAAAUAUUGCAAAGAACUGUCCCUUAGCUCAGAAGAAGAGCUCAAAGAUGCGCUUCUAAAAAUGACAACCAAGGAACUCAUCGACUUUGAAAAUAAGUACAUGCUGGGUACAAGAGGAAAUAGAUUUCUGAUUGUCGUUGACGAUGAGAUAGUUCUCAAAGAUUUUUACGAUUUCAAGAAUGAAAUCAAAAUGCCUCUUUACUAUGGCAGGAUAAAGUCUGAAGGGGAGUAUUUGCUCACGCAUCGAUUUCCUGGUUUCAAAAAUGGAGAAAUGUCAGAAGAAAUUUUCCGAAAAAUGGUGAAGGGUCAGAUUGAAGUGUGGGAAAUCGACUGCGAUGAGGAUCUCUUAGACCGUAUCAGUGACUUGUACAAAGAAACUGAUGAGAGUGGCGAAACAAUCUGGCAAAAGACAUUUGGAAGAUGGUACGGGGACUGGCUAAUCGGUUCGGGAGUAUUCAUGACUGCCCAAGAUGCGAGCACUUUUACUUUUGAAUUCGAUGUGACUCCAAUUUGGUUUCAUUCAGAUGAACACAAAGGAAACUGUCAAAUCAAGCCGAAAUGGUGUGAGUCGGACCACGCGGAUGACCUACCAUACUUGUUUGGAUGGGUUCUGGGAGACAAACCUGGCCAAGGAAUCAAGCCAACUGAGCUUGAUAAGAAACUCUCGCGAGCUGUUAUACGGGACUGGAGCGAAUUCGCGAGUGGUAGAGAACCCGUUUGCAAUCAGUUCACGAAGUGGUUUGAUGACGUUGCAAUUUACACAAAUCAGCCGCGAAUGCGAAAAAUCGACAAUCAAAAAUACGAAGGGAAAACAGCGCUGUUCCGGGAGGUUUUCAAGAAGCGAAUAGCAAAAUUUAAUACUUCUGACUAUUGA